AUGAGCCACCACUGUAUUUAAUAAGAGAAGCCAAAUUAUGUCGACAAUCACUAAUCCAGAUUACGAGCACCCCAAAAAAUGUUGACAAAAUUUUCCAUUUGGCCGUUUGAACAGAACGUCGUCGUUUCCCCAUGGCCCUUCAUUCACAUACACUGGGUCAUAAUCCUUCACAGAAUCUGGACGGCCAUGAUUGAACCUGCCAAAAGAGGAACUCGUAUUUCCUUGGGAUUCAUGAAGCCUCUGACAGGGAACUGAAGAAAUAGAAUUCAAAAACAAACACUACAAGCUGCUGCAAGUGCAACCCUCUGCUACUGCAAUGCUACAGAAUCUGUCUGUUCCAUUUCCCCAAAAAAUAUUUAAAAAAUAUAUAUAGUUUGAACUUGAACCUCAAAACCUUUUAUUUUCACACACAAAAACCAAAACCAGUUGUUCAAUAAAGCCAUUGAAUAAUGUAAACUCUCUCUCUCUCUCUCUCUCUUGUACUAAACGCCAUUUUAAGGACCCUUAGUGAUGAUUUGAGCCAAAACCCAAUGCAACUUUGAAUUACCAGCUGCUUCUAGAUCAGAGAUACAGUUGGGCGGCUUCAGGUUUUCUUGUUGUUUCUUCUUUUUAAGUUUCUUUCUUUAGAGUGUUUUUGUUGCUUGUUUUAACCUUGAAUCUUGAUGUUGAGAGGAUGAAGCUCAAGUUGUAAGCUUGGGUUGUUGGUUUUAUAAAGUUGUUUAUGAACCCAUUGAUUGUUCGGGAUUUUUUUAUUUAUUAGCUUAAAAAGAUAACUCCUUUAGGUAGUUUGAAUCUCUUCACCCUCUUUUUAUCACAAAUCCUGAAUGCUAAUAUAUUGUUUAAUCAACUUCUUUUUCGUACUUAACCUUAAUAACCUUUGUUUAUUUUUUUAGUCCUUUUGCCCACUACCAGGGUUUAAGGCAUUUGACCCGGAAUCAUGUUUCUAGUUUUAACUUAGUGCUUCUGUGCAUUUUAAAAAUGUUUUUUUUUCUCAGUAUACUGUUUGUGAAAGUUAAAAACAUUACUGUGAAUUUCAUCAUUAGAUCUGUCUCUGUUUAGGGUCUUAGUCCUUUCAAGUGAUGGAGCAUGCCACCAGUAUUAAACCCUCUAAACCCUCUCCAAACAUAUCUGAGAUGGUGUCUAAAUUUGCAAAAAUUUGCAAAUUGAGAUCCAUUGGUGUCUUUUCCAAUGAAAACCCAAAUCAGCAACACCAUCAAUACCAGCACUGCCUCAAUAACAACAAUGUGCCAUCAGUGAGUGAAGAUAGCAGUGAUGCCACUGAGGAGACAGAAUGUGAUGGUGAGAAAAUCCAUCCGCAGCCUGCUGUAGUUCCAUCCAAGAGGCACGUAUGUGGUGGAGGAGAUUAUGUUCUUCAGUUAUUUGAUGCAGUUUCUGCUUUGAAAUUAGCUUACAUUCAGCUUCAGGAAGCCCAUGUUCCAUAUAAUCCGGAUAAGAUUGUAGCUGCUGAUGAAAAUAUUGUGGUUCAGCUCGAAGCACUUUGUAAGAUCAAACGGACUUAUAAGGAGAAACGAUUCAUAGAUUCGAAGCUUGGUUCCUGUCAUUCUGAUCUACGAACAAAAAUUGAAGUUAAUGAGAGGCUGUUAGAGAAACUAAAGUCCCAAAAUAGAGCUAAAGAUGCCGAGAUUGCUCGAUUGAGACAGCAACUCCAUGAUUUGGAUUCAGGGACUGCAAUAUUAGUAGAGAAGAUGAGGCAGAAAAGUUUGGAGAUAAAAAAUAGGAGGAUACUCAAUAUUGCCAUGUUUGAGGAUACCUUUAAGAUGGCUUCAAAGUCUAUUCAUGAUUUUGCAAAGCCGAUGAUAAGCUUGAUGAAAGCUUCAGGUUGGGAUUUAAACCUGGCAGCAAAUUCUAUUGAAAGUGGGGUUGUCUAUUUUAGGAGGUCAGAUAAGAAGUAUGCAUUUGAAGCCUACAUUGCCCGCAGAAUGUUUCAUGGGAUAGCACUUAAAUCCUAUAAUGUGAAUGGCGUUAUGCGGUAUGAUGAUCCCAUCAAUUCUCUGAUAGAAGAUUCCAGUUCAGGAUUUUCAUCUUUCUGCAGAAAAAAGUACCUAUUUGUUGUUCAUCCAAUGAUGGAGAUGUCCUUCUUUGGUAAUUUAGACCAGAGGUUGUUUGUAUUGAGCGGCAAGCAUCCGAGAACACCUUUCUAUCAAAUAUUUGCAAGAAUGGCGAAGUGGGUCUGGGUGCUACAAGGGAUUGCAACGUCAGUUGAUCCCAACGCUGAAAUGUAUGCCGUGAAUAGAGGAAGCAUAUUCUCAGACAUUUAUAUGGAACCUAUCCAAGCGGAUAUUCCUAAUAGAGGACAAUCUGAUUCAAAGGUUGAGUUUAUGGUCAUGCCUGGGUUCAGAUUUGGAGACAUAUUGAUGAGGUGUCAGGUUUAUCUUUCCUGCUAAGUGAGGGUGCUCUAAUAAUUGGCAACCUUGAAAAGGUAAUCAUCAAUUGUUUCGAUUGCCCCAGUACGCAGCUUAACUUAGUUGAAAGCAAAUGUUUUAUCAGUAGAUCAUAGCUAGCAUAUUUUACAGUGACCCAGAAGCUCAGUGCUUGUACUUCUUACCUGUCAUUUCUACAUCUAAUUUUUGCUGUAAGCUGCAAGAUUUUUGUUGUAUGCUUUAUGAACUGUAAAUAGAUAUCUACUUGAUUGUGUC